AUGGAAUCGAUCGGAGUCCUAAUGAUGUGUCCCAUGUCCUCCUACCUCGAGAACGAGCUUCAGAAGCGCUUCAACCUUCUUCGAUUCUGGACUUCGCCGGAGAAAUCCGUCUUUCUGGAAACUCAUCGGAACUCCAUCCGCGCCGUCGUUGGAAAUGCUUCUGCCGGCGCUGAUGCUCAGCUCAUCAAUGAUCUCCCCAAGCUUGAGAUUAUCUCCAGCUUCAGCGUCGGACUCGACAAGAUCGAUCUGGGGAAAUGCAAGGAAAAAGGGAUCCGCGUCAGCAACACUCCCGACGUUCUCACCGAAGACGUCGCAGAUCUCGCGAUUGGGCUGAUCCUGGCUCUCUUACGACGCUUGUGUGAGUGCGAUCGCUAUGUCAGGAGCGGAAAAUGGAAGACCGGUGAUUUCCAACUCACUACUAAGUUUAGUGGGAAAUCAGUGGGCAUCAUUGGUCUAGGUAGAAUUGGGACUGCCAUCGCUAAGAGGGCUGAAGCCUUUAGCUGCCCAAUCAAUUACUACUCGAGAACAGCGAAACCUGAUGUGGCCUACAAGUAUUAUCCAACGGUGGUUGAGCUUGCUAAAAACUCAGAUAUCCUCGUGGUGGCAUGCCCGUUGACGGACGAGACCAGACACAUUGUGAACCGGCAGGUGAUGGAUGCAUUAGGAGCAAAGGGUGUGUUGAUAAACAUAGGGCGUGGACCACAUGUUGAUGAGCAAGAGCUUGUAAAAGCUCUAACAGAAGGCCGAUUAGGAGGGGCUGCGCUAGACGUGUUUGAGCAGGAGCCACACGUUCCCGAGGAGCUCUUUGGCCUUGAAAAUGUGGUCCUGCUCCCCCACGUUGGGAGUGGCACUGUGGAGACUCGGAAUGCCAUGGCCGAUCUUGUGGUGAGUAACUUGGAAGCGCACUUCUCUGGGAAAUCGCUUCUGACUCCGGUGGUCUGA